AAAUAUCACAUUUUAACAUUCAAGAAACUAAUGACAAUGUCCUAAUAGUCUUAAAUACAAAUGUCUUAGUUUUUUCAUACAUGAAUGUAUAGUGACAAAAUGCAAAAUUUGUGGCCACAGGGAAGAAACAAGGCAAUGAAGAUGCUGAAAAAUAUGCUACAAGAGAGAAGAAUGAUGCCCAGAAAACAGAACACCGACUUUUAUGAUUAUGUCUUAGUGGAACUGGCAAAGGAGGAAACACUACUAACAGAGGGAAUUGCUUUGGACUUGAUGUUUGUGCUUCUCUUUGCUAGCUUUGAGACAACCUCCUUGGCUUUAACCGUAGCCUUAAAAUAUCUCUCAGAUUAUCCUCUGGUGCUACAAAAACUAACGGAAGAGCAUGAGGCGAUUUUAAAGAAGCGUGAAAAUCCUGAUUCUCACCUUACAUGGAGUGAAUACAAAUCAAUGACAUUCACUUUUCAGUUUAUCAAUGAAACAGUUAGGCUGGCAAAUAUAGUUCCAGGAAUAUUUAGAAAAGCAUUGAAAGAUGUCAGCUACAAGGGUUACACCAUUCCAGCUGGUUGGGGUGUCAUGGUCUGUCCUCCAGCUGUACACUUAAACCCUGCUAAAUAUGAAAAUCCCCUUGACUUUAAUCCAUCGAGAUGGGAGGGAGGAGAAAUAAAUGGUGCAUCCAAACAUUUCAUGGCUUUCGGUGGAGGCAUGAGAUUUUGUGUUGGGACAGAUUUUACCAAGGUGCAAAUGGCUGUAUUUCUACACUGCUUGGUUACAAAGUACAGAAUUCCCAAAUUGAUGAAAUUUGACCUAAAAAUCCAACAUUUUACUCCAAAAAGAAAGAAACGAGAUAAACAAACUCACACUGUGGAUGCCGGAGGCGUUAAGGGCGGCAAAGAAGGCGGUAGCGGCGGCUCAAACGAAGAGAGAGGCGACCCCGAGUUCCCUGGCGGGCAUAAAAUUGGAAUCUCCGACGAAGCCUUUCUUGCAAGAUCUAAUCCCCCACCCUAA